AUGGAUCUGUCUUCACUGGUUAACAAACUUGGUCACCAACUUGUAGAGAUUCGAGAAAGAGCUCUUAAGAACAUACUAUGUAAACUGGACCAUAAUCUUAUAGCUGUUGUGGACCUUGUCCAAGAGAAGUCUUUAUUUGUACAUCUUCUCGAAUGGUUCAAUUUUCCUGCUGUUCCAAUGAAGGAGGAAGUUCUUCAGCUUCUACAAAAGUUAAUUAAGCAUUCCUUAGCAGCUCAGUGGCUACUUGAUAUGGGUGCCGUAGACUUCUUUUCUCAGCUUCGGCCAAACAUUGAACCAAACCUUCAAGUUUUCGUGGAUAGCAUUUUGGAUGGUCUUUUCCUUCUUCCAGCAGAAAGCCCCUUUGGGCCUCUGCCUUCAUUGGAGGACAAAUCCUGGCAAGGACAAGACUAUGCAGCUAUACAGAGUCGUGAUGAUGGAUCUGCUGGAUAUUUUCAACAAGAUGCUUUAAGUCUUCAACCUACAGAAAUUAAGCCAGAUGAAACUGGAGUAUAUCACUGUAAAGCUACAUGCUUGAAGUUUUCCACGUUUCCAUGGCUGACAAUAACUACAACUGAUAAGCAUGUACUCUCCUCUAAUGAAUGCUCUCUGAAAAGCAAAAACCAUGGCUUAAUCUGGAGAAGUUGUCAACUUCUGCAGGACGUUGUAAUGGAAGAUUUUCCUGCUGAAAUCUUUCUUCAAAGACCGAAGAUUGUAAAG